AUGCUUAAUGUCGGCGACUCCUCGAGACAGCCAAAUCUCGCUGUUGCGGUGUCCCUCUGCCGCGUGUUCUGCAGGCUCAUCGCUGGUGGAAAUCUCAAAGAACCGAAUAGGGCGACUGAACAGGAGAAGAUCAUUGUGGCCUGGUUGAAGGAGAGGUGUCAAGAGUACCAGAAAGCUCUUUUGGAUAUUAUUCGCGAAGCCGACCCUUCGUCUCAGAUCACUGCCUUCACUUUGUGUAUGCGUAUAGUCAGUGCACGCGCGAUGCAUUUGCCCGGGUCCGAGACGCAGGUUUGGUCAACGGGGUUCUUUAAGGGUGUUUUUGAAGCCCUUAUCGAAACCGAGGAUGGGGACUCGCUGCGAUCAGAAUUCGUUGAGAAAUACGUCAAGGAGUAUGAGGAUGUUCGAUAUUACACCUUCCAACAAAUAUCUACGUAUGCCGCGGGGGAAAGGCCUUCCCAGGUUCUCGAUAGGUUGAUUUCGAUUCUCUCUCAAUGCGACUCCGUUCCUCGACCAGACCACGAGUUUACGAAUUUCUAUAUCAAGCAAGAGAAGAAAGAGACUGGCCAGAAGAACCCUCUCCUGUCGGUCAAUGCGCAUAAGAAGCGUGCACAGGAUGCGUGGCUAGCAGUACUACGGAAUAACCUCUCGGAGACUCAGAGAAAGUCUCUCCUUCGCAUCAUGUCUCACACUAUCGCGCCUUGGUUCAACCGACCAGAGCUAUUGAUGGACUUCUUAACGGACUCAUACAAUGUCGGCGGCUCGACUUCUCUCCUCGCCUUGUCCGGUCUCUUCUAUCUCAUCCAGGAAAAGAACCUGGAUUACCCACAGUUUUACACCAAACUCUAUUCCCUCCUGGACUCGGACCUCUUGCAUUCCAAACACCGCUCCAGGUUCUUCCGGUUGAUGAAUACUUUCCUCGCUUCCACGCACUUACCCGCAACGCUGGUUGCGAGUUUCAUCAAACGCUUGUCUCGUCUCGCUCUUAACGCUCCGCCGACGGCUAUCGUUGCAAUCGUCCCUUUCAUCUACAAUCUCUUCAAGAACCAUCCAACCUGUACCUUCAUGCUCCAUCGUGUGGUCCGCGACGAGGAAUGGAAAGCUGAACUGGAAGCGGAAGGCAUGGACGAUCCCUUUGACCCGGACGAGCCGGACCCAACCCUUACCGACGCUAUCGAGAGCAGCCUGUGGGAGAUCGAAACCCUCCAGUCCCACUACCACCCCAACGUCGCCGCCAUCGCGCGUAUCAUCUCCGAGCAGUUCACGAAGCCGAUGUACAACCUGGAGGACUUCUUGGACUACACCUACCAGGGCAUGCUUCUGGCGGAGCUGGGCGUGGAGGAGAAACCGACGUUCAAGAAGGCCCCCGUCGUGGAGUUCCACAUCCCGAAACGCAUCUUUACGGACCGUCUGUUGGAGGAAGACAAUGGAGUUGAUACCGCACCGGGCAGCCUUGUCAGGAAGUUGUGGGAUUUCCCGUCCGCGCCAGCUUCAUAG